CUCUUUCCACGUUCAGUAAUCUGACACCUCCCCAAAAAGGAAAGAGACGGAGCAGAAGGAUGGACCCUUAACUCUGCCCGGAGGACGGAAGGAAGGAGCAGUCACCCAACGAGCGCAGGACGAGAGGCACCGAGCAGGAGGCCGAACGCUCGUGCGCAACAAAACAAGCUCCGUGGCUGUGCGGCAGCGGAGGAGGAGGAGGAGGCGGAGGAGGAGGAGAGCCACAGAGAGCUGGGUUCCCCCCGCGCGUCUUCCAGAACAACUCACCGUCCGACCUCCGAUGAUCUCAAGGCGACAAGUUACGCUUCCCACGGGCGGAUGGGAGACUUUCCGCGGCGCUUUGUGAGGAGGAGAUGAUGAAGAAUUUCAGCGGCAGUCCCCUUCACAGCAACAGCCCGACUCCCAACCACGUCCGAGAGCGAAACAACCGAAAGUACAGCGCACUCUCCGCGAUUCUCCCGCUGCGGUUCUCCCUGCGAGGUUAUGGUUUCUGCAUGGCUACGCUCUUCCUCUUCUGUUUCGCCUCCCUCUUCUACCAGCUGAACGGAGGACCCCCGAAAAUCCUGCUGGACAUCCGACAGUAUCUCGGAGUGAGUGGGAAAAGUCUCUGGUCAGUCACUAUGCCCAGCGGCAGGCUCUUUAUCCAUAAGGACAGGCUAGCGAGAGAACUGGUGUCGAGUCCACAUGUCCACAAGCAGAGACGAGGUGAAUCCACAUACCUGGAUGAACACGGACCCCCUGUUCCAAGAGUCCUCCCGUUCCCCAGCCAGGUGGUCUACAACCGCGUGGGGAAGUGCGGCAGCCGGACGGUGGUCAUCUUACUGAGGCUACUGGCUGAGAAACACCAGUUCAACCUGGUCUCCUCCGACAUCCACAAUAAAACGCGCCUCACGAAACAUGAACAGGUGGAUCUCAUGAAGAACAUCAGCAAUAUCCCUCAGCCGUUCCUCUACACACGGCAUGUUCACUUCCUCAACUUCACCAGGUUCAGGAUAGAGCAGCCCGUCUAUAUCAACAUAAUCAGGGAUCCCAUCAACCGGUUCCUCUCCAACUACUUCUUCCGUCGCUUUGGUGACUGGAGGGGCGAGCAGAACCACCUCAUCCGCACGCCCGGGAUGAAAGAUGAUGAGAGAUACCUGGACAUCAACGUGUGCAUUCUAGAGAAUUACCCGGAGUGCUCCAACCCCAGAGUUUUCUACAUCAUCCCCUACUUCUGUGGACAGCAUCCGCAAUGCAGGGAGCCGGGGGUGUGGGCUCUGGAAAGGGCCAAACAGAACGUUCUGGAGAACUACCUCCUGGUGGGGAUCCUGGAGGAGCUGGAGGAUGUUCUGCUCAUGCUGGAGAGGCUCUUACCUCAUUACUUUACUGGAGUGCUCAACAUUUACAAGAGCCCAGACUACAAGAAGAUGGGGAACAUGACAGGCACGGUGCGUAAACACACGCCCACUCUGGAGGCCCUGCAGGUCCUGUACCAUCGCAUGCGCUACGAGUACGAGUUCUACAACUUCAUCCGUGAUCAAUUCCACCUCACGAAGAAAAAAAUUGGCCUCAAGUCCGUCUCCCAGCCCGCCGCCUACUCACCCGCUUUCCUACGGGAGCUGGCCCUCCGGACCCCAGAGCCUCUGGAUGAAGAUGAGGAGCUGGACACGGACCUCGAGGAUGCCAACAGUUGGCUGGUCCAUCCCUAAGGGCUGUUCGAUGAUCGGUGGUCGUAGCCAAGAUAAAUAAAUAAAGCUGAUUGGCUAGAAUUGGCUGGAGACAGCUGGAGGCAGCCUGAAAGCGAAGGGGAGCGUUCCCCCGUCUUUGAGCAAUCCCAUGAUGAAGUGAGGUGGUGUUUAGGGGUGUGCGGAUCCUGACGCUCGUGGUUUUUUUUGACGAUGUGUUUUCCAUCUGCAACGGGCUCCUAUCACGGCAGGCUCAGCACUGAGGACUGUGGGGUCGAGUUAUUGGAAGGACAAAAUGCUCUAUUUAAAAAUUGACCAAGGACAAUGGGGAAAUAACGUUAAGCUCAUUCUGCUUGACUCAAAUUUUGUUUUAAAAGUUUCUUUGGGUGUGUUUACAUGAAAUUAAACAAAAAAACUAUCAUUGCUGUGAUCUCCAGGAGAGAUUAGCGCAAGAUGUAGACGGAUAAAUGUGUUGGGAGAUAUUCUACAUGUCGGUCGCUGGGGUGUUUACUGUACGAGCGGACUUCAGAGACAUCGCCCAAGAAAGAGGAUCAUACUCAACCAACGGAUUCACGUCCUAAGAGCUGGAAAUUGUGUCCAUGAAUACAAAAAAAAGUGCCAAAAGUCUUGUAUGUAUAUUAGUCGUCCAGGACUGUUGAAAGUGCCAAACCUUGUAAAGAGUUACAGCAACGGUGUGAGAGGAAGCUCCGUGUCAGUUGUUACAGUAUUGGUUUAUAACAUUUUUUAAAUAUUAAGAGGGUUAAACAGCGAGCACUUGAUUAUGAAUUCAAAGAAUUCCAACAAUGUGUGCAUGAAUGAUUGAGUUUGACCAAACCAGCAGCGUAUUUUAACAUAGAUCUGUUACUUGGGUCAUUAGUUGAAAAUAUAGGCUAAUAUAACACAAAAAAGGCAUUUAUGGAGUGCAAAUAGUUUUAAUCCAAAGUUUAAAAGAUUGAGCUUGCCAAAUAGCAGUGUUCCUACUGCGAUGCAUUACAAAGACUGCACUUUUCUUUCUCUGAGAUGACUUUUCCUGGGAUUCUGCAGCAAAACGAGGGAUUUGGUCACAAAACCGGAUUCUAAAUCGUCUUUAAUUUCAAAUGGGAUUACGUCUCUCUGUCUGUGUCACCAGUCCCAGCUAGCAGCUAGUCAGAGUGCAUGUUUUUUCAUCACAUGCAGAGGAACAGUAACCAUAAGCUAGUAUGUGAUAGUCGUAUUUCACAAUACCAUCCUAAUCCUCCAUUGUCUGUACCUUUUUCAUUGUCCUGGUGUGUGUUCAGUGUUUCCUUUUUUUUUUUGCCAGUUUAAUUUAUUAUUUUGUAUUCAUUUGCAUUCCAGAUAAGAUUCUCAGGAAGGAAAGAAAAAAAAUGUUCAAUAACUUUAUGAACUAUAUCUUUGGUUUCUGAACCGACUAUGAACCGAUUAUUGGCAUUUUAAUGGGUUUAUAUCAACAGCUGAAAACUGGUUAACAACUAAUGCAGUCGAUCAUUUUACAGCCUUCAAAAUAAAUGUCCUUUAACCAUUGCA